AGUACAGAGCUCCAUCAACGGAAAAAAGAAAGAGAAGAAGAAAAAAAAAGAAGAAAGAAGAAGCAGCAGCAGCAGCAGAAGACGAAGAUACGUAUUACUGUAAUUUGUGUUUUUGUUUUUUUGAUCUGAUGUAGUUUGUGUUUACUGUUUAUUUGCUGAGCAAGUGUGGAGUUUGUUUUGGUGCAGACCCUGCUUCGUUGUGUUCUUCUCUCUCUCUUUUUUUUUUUUUUUUUCCUACAAAUCCCUUUGUUCAAGUCCGAUCUCUGUUCUUCUUCGUGUUCUUUCAUGAUGUCCACUCCCAUUUAAGAAGAAGAUACAUGCGACAGAAACAGCAUUAAUUUUCUCUUAUAUAUAUAUAUAUAUAUAUAUAUAUCAUUGCCUCAACUUCCAAAAGCAAUAUAUUCUUGAAAUCGAUAAGCCAAAUCAAGCAAAAAAUUCAAGGAAACCCAAAAAGCCAUGACCAAAUUCGAGGUGGUUCUCAUUGCAAUUCCUGCGUUUGGAAACUUUGUUCCCAUUGUUGAGUUUGCUCAACGCCUAAUCGAUCAUGACCCUCGAUUUUCUGCAACAAUCUUGAUCAUCACUAUGCCUGGACAACCGCUUCUCGACACGUGCAUCCAAUCACGCGUGGCCACGUCAGCUACCAAUAUCAAAUUUGUCCACCUCCCUAGUGUGGACCAUCCCUCACCCGAUCAAUCCCAAAGUUUCGUAGCCCACGUGUCGUCACUCGUUGAAAAACAAAAAUCCAAUGUAAGACAAGCAAUCACAAACCUCAUGGGAACCGAGUUGGACUCAGACUCAGAGUCCAACUCAGUUCCACAACUUGCUGGGUUAUUCGUCGACAUGUUUUGUACUUCGAUCAUUGAUGUUGCUAAAGAGCUCGACAUUCCUUGCUACCUUUACUUUGCCUCUCCAGCUUCGUUUCUCAGCUUCAUGCUUCAUCUUCCUAUCCUUGCCACCCAACUCACCACCACUGAGUUAGCCGAGUUGGAUACUGAGUUGGUCAUCCCUGGUUUUGUUAACCCUGUUCCUCCAAGCAUGUUGCCUCCAUCAUCGUUGAAGAGAGAUGGGUGCUCUUGCCUUUUGUACCAUGGACGUAGGUACCUUGAAACAAAGGGUAUUAUUAUAAACACACUUCAAGAGCUUGAGCCUCAUACACUUAACUCGUUCUCCACAAGUCAAAUGCCACGAGUUUAUCCUAUUGGGCCUGUUCUUGACCUUGCUGGCCCGGCCCAAUGGCACCCAGACCAAGCCCAUCACCAAAAUAUUCUGAACUGGCUUGAUGACCAACCUCUAUCAUCAGUGGUGUUCUUAUGCUUUGGUAGCAUGGGAAGCUUUGAUGUGCAUCAAGUGAGAGAAAUAGCCCAUGGACUUGAACGGGCGGGGGUUCGAUUCCUAUGGUCAUUACGUGAGAAACCAAAAGCCCAAUUAACUCUUCCAAAUGAUUACACAAGUCUUGAGGAGGUUUUGCCAAAUGGAUUCUUGGAACGAACAGUUGGGAUUGGUUUGGUGUGUGGAUGGGUUUCGCAAGUGUCAAUCUUAGCCCACAAAGCAAUCGGAGGAUUCGUGUCACAUUGUGGUUGGAACUCAAUUUUGGAGAGCUUGUGGCACGCUGUACCAAUUGCCACAUGGCCAAUUUAUGCUGAGCAACAAAUGAAUGCGUUUAUGAUGGUUAAGGAAUUGGGUUUAGCUGUGGAAAUUAGAUUAGAUUACAAGAUGGGAAGUAGAAUGGUGUUGGCAGAGGAGGUAGAAGAAGGGAUAAAGAGUCUCAUGGUUGGUGAUAUUGAGGUGAGGAAAAAGGUGAAAGAGAUGAGCCAAAAAGCCAAGAUGGCUGUUAGGGAAAAUGGAUCGUCAUGUACGUCACUAGGAACUCUGAUUGAUGAAUUAGCAAACGGAGUGUAAAGAUACAAAGAUGGACCACUUUAUAUUUUAAUGCAAUAAUGCUAGUGAAAUAAAUUGAGUUGCAAUUAUUUUUUGCCGGUGAAUUGCAAUUAUUGUUGAUGCCAGUUGCAUACUAAUAUAUUCCAAGGGAAUAUAUAUAUGUGUGUGUUUAAUAUAAAUGUAUUUUGUGA